UACCGCGCCCGCUGUUCAUGACCCUACGAUAAUCUACCACGCAUCAGCACCACUGCCUCAUCUGUACUGCCGUGUGGGCUUCAGCUCUCGGUGCUCGCCAUUCCAUCAUCCAUCCUGCUCCACUAGCAAACGGUUCAUCGCUCACAAACAGCCGACGCCAUGUCUAGGCAGUACCGAGACGGCCCGGCGUACGGCGACUUCCCCGAACGAUGGGAUCGAGCCCGCUUUGAGCGAUUUGGUGGAGGAGGAGGAGGAGGAGGCGGUGGACGCCAAUUCGAGGAAGACUACCGCUACACCGAACGAGAUCGGCCGGGGCGGCAGCAAGUGAUGGUAUCGGACCGCAUCGAAAGCCGUGGACCGCGGGGCGCCUACGAAGAGCGCGAUAGAUUCGUGGAGGAAGAGCGAUACGCGCAUGGCGGGCGGCGACGGCGCACCGACCGCGAGCUAUUCGGCGAUGUCGACCCGAGAGAAUUCGCAAACAUGGCCCUUGCGCCUUACGAACCUCCUCCACAACCUCGGCCGGAGAUGCUCCGACGACGCAGCAGCUUUGGGGACUCCUUUGAGCGAAGCCGGCCGGCUAUCCCGCGAGGGUACGAAGUGGAGGAGCGGCGGGUAUUCAGACCGGUGGGCUACGAAGAAACGUAUCGGCGCGAGGUGGACUUUGACGAGUCACGCGGCCGCGAGUACUACCAGCCACAAGAAUACCGCGAGGUGGAGGUUCGGCGGGAGAAGUCGACUGUCCGGCCGCGCUCGAGAGGCGGACGAAGCAGCAAGGCCAAGUCGGUGACGACCAGACAAAGCUCCAGCAGCAGCUCCAGCAUCAGCGAAGAGGCUAGCAUACGCGAGAGUCGACGAGGUGGGCGAACAAGUGUGCAUGAGAGCUUCCACGAGCACGAGAGUAGGCACGGUGGGCAUGAGAGCGUGUCGGAAAGCAUUUCGGAGACGGUGAGGAAGUUCAAGAAGGGCAAGACGCGCAUGCCGAAGCGACUGGUGCGUCGCGAGGCCAUUAUGGAUCUUGGCUAUCCCUUUGACGAGGAAGACGCCUUUUUCGUGCUACGCAUCGCUCUGGAGAAGGAUCAGAUUGACGAGGUGAUUCGUAUCAGUGAAUCCUACAAGAGCGGCGAAAAGUCGUCGAGUUUCAAGUUUGAGGAAUCGAUCAAAGAAGAGGUUCCGAAGAUCGUCGAGCCCGAAGGCCAGCGCGAGGAGGUGGUGAGGACGGAAUGGAUCAAUCCUCCCUUUGUCGUCGGCAAUCAUCGCCGCUCGCGUUCCCACGCUGGACAUCGCCAUCGCCAUCCUCCGCCCGCUCCGGCUGUGCCGGUGUACGAGAGCGAACGCAAGACGGUGAUUGAAGAGAGUGAGACAACGCUAUCGCCUACCCGCUCACAUGGCUACGGUGGUGCACUCAUCGUUCGGGAGCGCGAGCAUCGCUCCGAACGCGACAUCCGCGACGAGAUUGCACGACUGGAAGCGGAACGUCGGGCCGUACGCUUGGAACGAGAGACCGAAGACCGAAGGGAUCUGGCGCUGCGGAGACAUCGAUCGGGAGGCGAGUAUGACCUUGUGGAGUAUGAGGGAGCAAGGCCUGCACGGGAGGUGGUGGAGCUUUACGGCCGGGACACCAGUCCUGUGCGCACGGUGGUCCCGAGGGUGGAGAAGGAUCGUAAAGGUAGGAUGGCCUUUGUUCGGUCGAGCCGUUGAUGCUGUGAUCUUGCGGCUCUCCCGCCUCGCUUUCAGUCAUGAUCACCAGGCUAAUUUCUGUCGUGUGCUCUAGAGAGGGAUAGGGCGAGGAUUCUGCGACUCGCUGCGGCUACUCUGACUUGAUGGAGGGAUGAUGUUUUGAUCUGGGUUUGAAGGUUGAGGCGGGAUCUGACAUACAUUAUUGGCACAGCGAUUGGAGCGCUCUGUGAGUCUGGCACGAGACAUGAUGUGCAUGACAAUAUGUUUGAGGAGAGCAAAUAGUAUGAUAAGUUGUCGCAUGAUUGACUGUCGCCGUCUCUGUCCAAGUGAAUUGCAGCCUUAGGCGUGAUGAGGCAGACGGCGAAACUCUAAUCCAUCCU